GGUCUUCCUUCCUCUGCCUUGUCGGCUGGUUUCCUACCUAUAAGCAAAAUGCCGAACUCCUGCAAAGACAUCCGCGAUGCAUUGGCCCAAUGCCUCCAGGAAUCCGACUGUAUCAUGGUCCAGCGCCACACGCCCCGUGAAUGUUUGAGCGAGCCGCUAGUCGAUACACUGCCCAUGCGAUGCCAACAGCUGCGGAAAGGGUUCGGCGAGUGCAAGCGGGGUUUGAUUGAUAUGCGCAAGCGAUUCCGCGGAAACCAGCCACUCGCUGGUGCCAGCGAAAUGGAAGGCGGGAACCGGAACAAGCCUGAACAGCUAUAUGCUGGGAAGCCUGCCUUUGAGUCCGUCAAAGAGAUUAGUGGGGACGAGGUCCAGAUGGAUCCCGAGAAGACAAGGGGCCUGUAAGGGAAUGUUUCGAUGCUGUCUCAGUACUGAAACCCACCGUUCCCUGUCUUAAGUCGUUGACACAUAGCUGGACUUUUGUAUUUUCGUUCUCUUGGCAUGGUUUGGAGUUUGUGGAGGGACUUAUACGAUUAUAGACCUCAUGAUUCUGGUGUUCGAUCUACUGUACAUACUAGGUAAAUUGAUAUUCACCGCUACCAACA